GUCAACUGUCAAGUCAUCAAAAAGAUGGAACUGAAAAGCGGACUGUCAAACCAUUUCGGCAAAUAUAAUUAAUUUUCCCGUUUUCUGCUCGUUGUUGAAUUGGCUGGUGAAGUAUAUGCUAGUUAGUAGUUUUAGAUAAGAAUAAUAUCAUAAAUAUGUCUUCUCUGUCGGCAAACGAUGAAAUUGAUGAAGCUAAAGAGCGUGAGCAUUUCAAAGCCGUGGUCACCGCUUUUAAAUAUUAUAAGUUAUGCGGCAUUGAAAGGAUCCAUAAAUCCGAGAACAUAAUAUCCAAGCUUCCUCAAAGUCAUCAAAGGCGUUUGGAAAAGUAUCGGGCUUAUCUCUCUAAGUUUAGAAAAUGCCUGGAUGUGAACAAUAAUGUUGUUCAUUUAAUCAUAAAAGAUGUGGACACAAUGUUUGAGAAUGUGGAUCACAGUAAUACCAAUAUAUCUGGUACAAAUGGUACAGAGAGUUUUGGUUGCAAUUAUAAUAACUGUGAGAUAACGUCACAUAAACAACAUAAAAUGCAACAUGAUGUUGAAAAGGUACAGUCAGUGUUAAAAAAUAUAGUGAGGGAUUGGAGUGAGAUGGGUGCAGCUGAACGUAAACAAUGCUAUGGGCCUAUACUAAAUGAACUUGAAGUCAGAUACCCACUUGAGGAGUUCAGUGAUAGAUCACGGAUAAAGGUGUUGGUUCCUGGAGCGGGGCUCGGCCGGUUAGCAUGGGAGGUGGCCAAUAGAGGCUACACAUGCCAAGGAAAUGAGUUCUCAUUGUUCAUGCUGUUUGCAAGUAACUUUGUACUCAACAGAUGUUCCGAUGUGAAUAUGUAUACUGUCUAUCCAUGGCUACAUCAAUAUGUAAACAAUUUAACCUGCGACCAUCAACUUCGUGCUGCUACGUUCCCUGAUGUCAAGCCAUCUACGGACAGACCUAAGUAUAAUUUCUCAAUGACCGCAGGAGAUUUUCUUAAGGUAUAUACUGAAGCGAAUGAGUGGAACUGCGUGGCGUCUUGCUUCUUUAUAGAUUGCGCACCCAAUGUUAUUGAGUUUAUUGAAAGGAUAUACGCUAUCUUGAUGCCAGGAGGUUACUGGAUUAACCUGGGACCUCUACUCUAUCAUUACAGUGAUAUGCCUACAGAAAAUAGUAUAGAGCCGCCAUACGAUAUCCUAUUGGACAUUAUUAGAGAUGUAGGAUUUGAGAUAUUGCAAGAGCGUACCGGGGUGAAGACGAAAUACGCACAAAACCCCAAUUCAAUGAUGCAACAUGAAUAUGACUCUGUUUUCUUUGUUUGCAAGAAGCCUUUUGGUGUUUAAACGUUCUCUAACAGUAUUGCAAGUGUUUGUACCAACAUGCUCUUUAUUAUUAUUGUCAUAAGAUACAAGUCACAUUACAUUGAGAUUUAAGUCUUUUAGUUUACUACGUGUUUAAAUGUUAUAUCAACAGGUGAGAUAUGAAUGCAGUAUUUUGGUUUGUAAGAACAGUUGUACUCAAAUCUUUUUGGGUAUUCCAAAUAUGCCUGUUUAAACUGUUACAAGAUAUUAUAUGUAGGUGCUCCAAUAACGACUAAUCUGUGUGCCAAUUAGAACUGAUUUUUUUGAGGCUCAAAAAGAUUUGUGCGAUGUAUAGAUGUCUUUAAAAAGUGCUCCCAUCUGGGCAUUAAAUAGGCUGUAAUCUUUUUAUACUUUUUAUUUUUUUCUUUUCUACAUUUAUUAAUAUUUGUUUGCUUGUAAACAUUACUCAAAACAUUAAGAAUAGUUACAAAAAGAUUGUAUUUAAGUAUAAUUAAAGUACCCAUAUUAAGAAUGUUAAUCAGUCUGAAUUGGUUAUUUUUGCAGUAAACGUAUUGGUUAAAAAUUCUGUAAAACAGUCAAUCACAUCUGUCGAAAACCACGUGACUAUGCAGAGCCAAUCACAAUCGUCGAUAACCACGUGACGUAUGCAUAGCCAAUCACGUGCGAGUGGCUCUAAUAAAUUGAUUUUUUUUU